UUCCGAACAGGCAGAAACACAUUUUCAUAUACACCCACGUCAAAAAAUGAUGUACAUCGGAUGCCUCGAUUGGCUGUGAUUACAAUACACAACAGUAAAUGUACACACAGCUCAUCUCGUCCAGCUUCGCUCCAUCAUCUCUCCUCCUGCCCCUGUCGUGCUUGUUGUAUACUGAAUUCGCUAGGACGAAGGAGCCAGUGGUCGCGUCGUGCGAAGACCCAUGUCGAAAUCUCUCCGUCACCGUGGGUGCGCUGCGUGCCUGUCAACUCGGAGACAGCCGUGCAUCUGGUCGACGCAGUCGCGGAUGUGGGACGUACCACGUGUUGAAUGGUACGCAUAUCCCGACUACUUGUUGCGCUAUGUGUGAGCUGUUCGCGGUCAGGCCAAGGGUCCGCGGGUCCACGGGCAGGCAGCGGGUCUGUUGGCAAGUGGGCGCACGGACGAGCGAGCGAUCACGUGGGCAAUCGCGUGGACGAGUGGGUGGUCAGCCGACCGAGCAGAGGAGAGCGCGGGCGAGGGGGUGCAUGCGAGGCUGCAUGCGAGAGCGCACGAGCAACAGGGCGCGGGCAAGACGACACGCGGGCGAGGCGACAGACAAGACAGCGCGCGGACGAGGCGACGGGUGAGCGAGACGACGGGUGAGCAAGACGACGGACAGACAAGACGUUGGGCAAGCGAGACAGCGGCUAGACGGCAGGAGACCGAGAUGAAGAGCGAGCGAGCCCGUGGGCGAGACGGACAGCGGGCGGGGAAGCGGGCGGGGAAGCGAGAUGGCGGGCCUAUGUGGCGGCGGGGCCGUGCGACGGGGAUAGGGUGAUGGCGGGGAAGCGAGACGGCGGGCCAGAAGAACAAUGGCCGAGCGAGACAGCAGGCAAACUGACGGGCAAGUCAGUGGGCGAG